GACAGUCUGUGAGUUGAAGAGCCACACAACUGUUUUGUUGAUCUUAACGUUACUACAAUCUACAAAUACGUUGUUUUUGUUCUUGUUCUUUUCAGAUAAACACAAACCUUAAACUUCUUCUUUCUUUCUCUCUCUGUCUCUUAAACAUUUUGUGUCUGAACCAAACUCAUAACCUAUGGCUGAACUCCAAACCAAGCAAGAAGCAGUUCCUGCUCCGGCACCGGCACCGGCACCGGUUCCAACUCCAGUUCCUGCUGCUGUUGAGCCACCUCUAGCUGAGGCUCCUCCGGUUAAUGUUGUUGAAAAGAAAGCGGUGGCACCACCACCCGUGGCAGAUGACACAAAGGCACUUGUUGUUGUGGAUAAUGAGAAGAUACCAGAACCUGUAAAAAAGAAUGCAUCCCUUGAUAGAGAUAUUGCUCUUGCAGAAAUAGGGAAAGAGAAAAGGUUAUCUAAUGUGAAGGCAUGGGAAGACAGUGAAAAAACCAAAGCAGAGAAUAAGGCACAAAAGCAGCUCUCUACAGUUGCUGCUUGGGAAAACAGCAAGAAAGCAGCUCUUGAAGCUCAACUCAGAAAAAUUGAGGAGCAAUUGGAGAAAAAGAAAGCAGAAUAUGGUGAGAAAAUCAAGAACAAGGUGGCAAUGGUUCACAAACAAGCAGAGGAGAAGAGAGCAAUUGUUGAAGCACAACGUGCUGAAGCAAUUCUCAAGGCAGAGGAAAUAGCUGCAAAACACAAUGCAACAGGAACUGUUCCAAAGAAACUCCUUGGAUGCUUUUAAUAUAAUGUCAUACCAAUUAUGAAAUUUUGUCUAUAUUGUUGUUAUUAUUAUUCUUGUUUUGUUUUAAUGUUGUUUGUGUGUGAGUGUAAAAGUUAUGGAAAGGGAAAAUACAUUGGAGGAAUAUGUUGGACAGCAAAGAGGAUCUUUGGUUUUGUUGAAGUAUCCAAUGUCAGAAAAUGUUUUCUUUUUUAAUUACUAUAUAAAACUAUUGGGACAAAGAUGUAUGUUGUUAUUACCUUAAUACUUUAGAGAAAAUAUUCAAUUUAAUCCUUAAAUUUUUAGUGUUGUA